GAGAUGACAUCAGUUCCACCCAGUCCCAGUUUCAAUAAUAUAAACUGGCAUUUGGUUCAGUUCUGUCCAGAUUCAGCUUUGGAACCAGCUGUUGCAAAGUGCUUCGUAGUGCCUCUUAAACGGGAAGAUAUGCCACCAGUCAAAAAAGGAAUUCUUGAGCGCCUGAACACAGGUGAAGUUGUCAUUGGUGACGGCGGCUUUGUCUUUGCACUGGAGAAGCGCGGUUAUGUCAAAGCAGGGCCAUGGACACCAGAGGCCAGCGUCACUCACCCAGAGGCCGUGCGCCAGCUGCACCGGGAAUUCCUCAGGUCAGGAUCCAAUGUCAUGCAGACCUUUACCUUCUACGCCAGUGAUGAUAAACUGGAGAACAGAGGCAACGACCUACGUCUUUCUGGACAACAGAUCAAUGAGGCGGCUUGUGACCUUGCCAGAGAGGUGGCCAAUGAGGGUGAUGCCCUGGUGGCAGGCGGAGUCUCUCAGACACCCUCCUACCUGAGCUGCAAGAGUGAGGCUGAAGUUAAGGCCACCUUUAAAAAGCAGCUGGAUGUCUUCAUUAGGAAGAAUGUGGACUUUUUGAUUGCAGAGUACUUUGAGCAUGUGGAGGAAGCAGAGUGGGCUGUUCACGUCCUGAAGAGUACAGGGAAACCGGUGGCAGCCACCCUGUGUAUUGGACCCGAGGGAGACCUGAAUAGUGUCAGUCCUGGGGACUGUGCUGUCAGGCUAGUGAAGGCUGGUGCCCAGAUAGUUGGCGUGAACUGUCACUUUGACCCCAUGACGUGUGUGAAGACUGUGAAGCUAAUGAAGGAGGGAGUGGAACGAGCGGGUCUGAAGGCCCACUUCAUGGUGCAGCCCCUGGCUUACCACACACCUGACUGCAAUCGCCAGGGCUUCAUCGACCUGCCAGAGUUCCCCUUUGCCCUGGAACCCAGAAUUCUGACCAGAUGGGACAUGCAGCAGUACGCCAGGGCAGCGUACAACGCUGGCAUCCGCUACAUCGGCGGGUGCUGCGGGUUUGAGCCGUACCACAUCCGUGCCGUAGCGGAGGAGCUGGCCACCGAGAGGGGAUUCUUACCUGCUGCCUCUGAGAAACAUGGGACGUGGGGCAGCGGCCUGGAUAUGCACACAAAGCCCUGGGUCAGAGCCAGGUCACGUCGUGAGUACUGGGAGCAGCUACAGCCAGCCUCAGGGAGGCCGACAUGCCCCUCGAUGUCCAGGCCUGAGGGAUGGGGUGUGACGAAGGGACAUGCUGACCUGAUCCAGCACAGGGAGGCCACCAGCGAGCAGGAGAUACAGCACCUGCUGGAGAUGCAGAAGAAAGCCAAAGCCAGUGCCUGAAGCAGGACAGGAACAAAAACAGGAUCUGGGGAGAUGGUCCAGCACAGAGAUACCUGAGAUUACACCUGCCUGUUUCUUACCAUCUUAAAACAAGAAAAUGAAUGAAUUCCUUCCAGUUUCAACUGUUAGAUUCAAAAGCUCUUGCAACACCUGGUUUUGCUGUGAGAUAAAGGAAAACGCAUAAAAAAUAAACUGAAUUCAACACCCGAAAAA